AUGCCGCCGCCCCAAGCCGCGACCCCUCUUGCCAUCCUCUCCCGCUUCCUCCCGUCGCCGUCUCCCUCGCCGGUGCCCGAGCUACUUCGCGUCCACGCGCUCGCCGUCACCUCGGGCCUCUACCAACGCCCCGACCUCGCCGCAAAGCUCGUCUCCGCCUACUCGGCUUCUCCUCGUCCCGACGCAUUCCUCUGGAACUCCCUAAUCCGCACCCACCACUGCGUCUCCGACUUCGUGGCCGCGCUCGCCGCCCACCGCCGCAUGCUCGCCUCUGGCGCGCGUCCUUCCCCCUUCACCGCGCCGCUCGCCGCCUCCGCCGCCGCCGAGCUCGGCGCGCUCGGCGUCGGCGCCUCCGUGCACGCGUACUGCGUCAGGUACGGCCUCCUCGUAGGCGAUGGCGGUUCCGUCGCCGUCGCAUCUUCUCUGGUGUACAUGUACGCUAGGUGUGUCGUCGUCGGAGACGCCGUGAAGGUGUUCGAGGAAAUGCCCGAGAGGGAUGUGGUCGCGUGGACCGCGGUGGUAUCAGGGUGUGUGCGGAACGGGGAGAGUGGGGAUGGGUUGCGCUACCUGGUAGAGAUGGUCAGGCUUGCAGGUGAUGGCGAGGCGAGGCCAAACUCACGGACGAUGGAGAGUGGCUUGGUGGCGUGCGGGGUGCUAGAUGAGCUGAACUCUGGUAGAUGCUUGCACGGGUAUGUAGUGAAGGUCGGGGUUGGCGAUUCCCCCUUGGUAAUUUCUGCCCUCUUCUCUAUGUACUCGAAGUGUCAAAGCACUGAGGGUGCAUGCACUUUAUUCCCAGAGUUGCCAGAGAAAGACGUGGUUUCCUGGACAAGAUUGAUUGGAAUAUACUGCGGGAGAGGGCUUAUUAGGGAGGCUAUGGAGUUGUUCCAGGAGAUGAGGGAGUCAGGACUGCAGCCAGAUGAGGUUCUCGUUAGUUGUCUGCUCUCUGGGUUGGGUAACAGUGACAAUGUACUCGGAGGGAAGGCAUUUCAUGCGGUUAUAACGAAGAGAAACUUUGGAGAUAGUGUUUUGGUUGGAAAUGCUUUGAUAUCAAUGUAUGGAAAAUUUGAAUUGGUGGACAAUGCAGGCAGAGUUUUUAGAUUGUUGCGUCAACAAGAUGCGGACUCAUGGAACUUGAUGAUUGUAGCAUAUUGCAAAGCUGGAUGUGAUGUCAAAUGCUUGGAGCUGUAUCGUGAGAUGCAGUUCAGAGAUAAGUAUGAAUUCCUGUGUGGUACCAACAGCUUGGUUUCUGCAAUCUCUUCUUGGUCACAGCUAGCGGAACUAAGACUAGGUCGAUCAGCACACUGUUAUUCAAUCAAGCACUUGCUUGAUGAGGAUUCAUCAGUUGCAAAUGCUUUAAUUGGCAUGUAUGGGAGGUGCGGAAAGUUUGAUCAUGCAUGCAAAAUAUUUGGCCUGGCCAAACUGAAGGGGGAUGUUGUCACAUGGAAUACACUGAUAUCUUGCUAUGCUCAUCUGGGACAUUCAAAUGCUGCGGUGUCACUGUAUGAUCAAAUGCUCACUGAAGGCUUGACACCCAACUCAACAACCUUGAUCACUGUCAUUUCAGCUUGUGCAAACUUGGUUGCAUUGGAACGUGGAGAGAAGAUACAUUCUUACGUUAAAGAAAUGGGGUGGGACUACGAUGUAUCAAUCAACACAGCACUUAUGAACAUGUAUGCUAAAUGUGGGCAGCUUGGAAUUGCAAGAAGGAUUUUUGAUUCUAUGCUUCAACAUGAUGUUGUUGCAUGGAAUGUUAUGAUAUCAGGGUACGGGAUGCAUGGGGAAGCAAAACAAGCAUUAGAAUUAUUUGGUAAGAUGGAAGGAGGAAGUAUUAAGCCUAAUGGUGUCACCUUUCUUGCUAUUCUAUCUGCUUGCUGCCAUUCAGGGCUUCUUGAGGAGGGCAGGAAGCUGUUCACAAGAAUGGGAAAAUACUCACUUGAGCCUAACCUGAAGCAUUACGCCUGCAUGGUGGAUCUCCUUGGGAAAUCUGGGCAUCUCCAAGAAGCAGAAGAUAUGGUUUUAGCCAUGCCAGUAGAACCUGAUGGCGGGAUUUGGGGAACUUUGCUUAGUGCCUGCAAAUUGCAUGACAACUUUGAGAUGGGUUUAAGGAUUGCAAAAAAGGCAUUUGCUUCUGACCCAGAAAAUGAGGGACAUUACAUUUUAAUAUCUAAUUCUUAUGGCAGUGCUAAAAAAUGGGAUGAGAUAGAGAAACUAAGAGAAACGAUGAAGAAUCAUGGAGUUCAAAAAGGUGUAGGUUGGAGUGCAGUUGAUUAUUGUGGGUGA